ACUUUCCAUCACUUCGAACUGAACAUUCUAACAAUAUAAGUCCCGGAAAGGUAGUCUCCACGUGGUUCCAGCUGGCACAUUCCUGCGCCUAAUUUUUUGUUAGGUCUUUCGUAUGCACUUUCGUGUUUAUACCGCCGACCCUUACACUUGCAUUUCACUUUUGCCCACAUCUUUCCCAUUCUCUUCUCCCCAACAUGAGCCGUGCUCAAGCUUUCCAACUCUACCGGUCGUGCGCAGCUUCAUUUGCUUCAAGAGGCGCCGUUCGGUCAUCAUUACCACUCGCAUCUCGUAGGCUGGCUGGAGUACGGUAUUACUCGGAGGGUAACGGUCAGCCGAGUGAAAGUGCAGAGGCUAAGAAGGGAGAGGAGAAGAAGGAUGAAGCAAAAGAUACCGGCGCCCCACAGCCAUCUCCUGCAGAGGCUGAAUGCCUCGAAAAGCUCAAAGUGAAGGAAGCUGAGGUGGUGGACCUCACCGGUCGGCUACGAUACCUACAAGCAGAUUUCUUGAACUUGCAGCGUAACGCUGCAAGAGAAAAGGAGCAGACCAAAGACUUUGCUAUCUCGCGAUUCGCAUCGGACCUUCUGGAGACAGUCGACGUCCUUGCAAUAGCGCUAAAAUCUGUUCCGCAAUCUGUGCUUCAAACCCCAUCCGCCGAAGGGCCAUCCCCUCCACCCGAACAACCCUCUCCCUCCACAUCCCAACAAAAGACACCCGAGGCUUACCUGAAAGAUCUGCAUACUGGCGUGGAGAUGACCCAUCGACUCCUUCUGCAGACAUUGUUCAAGUACGGUGUCAAGCCUUUCGACCCAACUGGCGAUAAGUUUGAUCCCAACCGUCACGAAGCCUUAUACCAAGCGCCGGUUCCUGGCAAGGAGCCUGGAACGGUAUUGGACUGCCAGAAGGACGGUUACAUGAUAAAAGAUCGGGUAUUGCGGGCGGCGCAAGUGGGUGUAGUGCAGGAUACGCAGUCAUAACCGUAAUGACUAUGGCUGGGUUUCUUUACGAGGCUAGGACGUUCGGCAGUUGUACUUCCAACUGAGUGUCGUAGUUGGGAGAGUGGGUCGCAGGUGGGACAUCAUCAUUAGAUUAAUAUUGCAGUAUAGACAAUACUUAAUCAACGAAUCUCUACUCCGAAGUCUUCCUUGAGUCGUGAGAUGACGCGCUCGUGGAAUGCAUUGGCUUCGUCGUUUGUC